AUGGAGGACGGGGGCAGAGCACAGAGGAAGAUGUCGACUGCAGGAGAGAGUCUAUACCGAGCUCUGGGUCUGGAGAAGGGAGCGACUCCAGAGCAGAUCAAGAAGGCCUACAGGAAGUUGGCUCUGCGACAUCACCCAGACAAGAACCCUGAUAACCCCGCUGCCGCCGACAAGUUCAAGGAGAUUAACAACGCCAACACCAUCCUCAGCGACGAGACCAAGAGGAAGAUCUACGACGAGUACGGAUCCAUGGGCCUCUACGUCUCUGAGCAGGUCGGAGAGGACAGCGUCAAGUACUACUUCCUCAUGUCCAAGUGCUGGUUCAAGUCCCUGGUGGUCUGUGUCUCCAUCUUCACUUGCUGCUGCUGUUUCUGCUGUUGCUGUUUCUGCUGCGGGAGGUGUGGCCCCAAAGACGAAGAGAAGUUUGAGUACGUCGACCCGGAGCACCUGGAGGAACAACUGAGGCAGCAAGAAGCUGAAGAAGAGUCUGUUGUAAACACUCAACCAAAUUCUGAGGCCACAGGUGAAAACAGUCCAAUUGUGAUCCAACCUCAAUCUGCAAACGGCUCCGGCCCCAGCGCCCCCAGUGGCCCCCCCAGUGGCCCCCCCAUUAUUGCUCUGCCAGAUAAAUGA